AUGGACAGGGAUUAGGAAACAAAAAAGUUGCGCCGUUAAAGCGAAUUAUAAAAUUUACAAUGCAUUUCUUCAACUGAUGCAAAAAUGGAAGAACUUGAUUCAUUUUGGAACUAUAAUCUUAAGUAGAGUUGCUCUGUUAAUAUAGAGGAUCUAUUCUAGAUUUAAAUGGAGGACAAUAGUACUCUUGAAUAAAUAGCUUCAAAGAUGAAAAUAUUCUUAAAACCACAAAUUGAAAAUGUAAAAUUUAACUUUAUGAUUAGUUUUUAAAAGUGAAUCGAAGAAAUGUUAAACUAAUCAAAUAUCCAAAAGCAUAAUGGAACACCAAUUUGAGUAUUUAGAAAAAGGAUGUCAAUUAAUUAUACUUCUCCGAUUAAUAGGCCGUAUUUCAAACAAAUGAAAAUUAAGUUAUUAUUCACAAUAUUGCGCCAUAAUUAAUACAUUAAUAUACAAAUUAUUUAAAAAUAGAUCAAAAUAUUAAAGUAUAAAUGUGUAUCUAAAAUAGAGAUAAGAAACACAAGAUCUAAAUUUUAAGUACAACUUUACUUCGGAAUUAAGAGAAAAAUAUAAACUUGACAUUCUCAAAGUCAACAAAGAAUUAUGGAGAUCUUAAGAAGGGAUCAAUUAAAUGAUUCUGCUUAAUAAGAAAUAUGCCCUAAAUCAAAUGGACUUUAGUAAGAUUAUUAUAAUUAAAUUCUAGUUUAAAUUUAUUCUUAAUAUUUAUAUUUAAUUGAAAAAAAGAAUAUUUCAAAAUUAACUUUAAAUGAAAUUUUUGAUUACCUCUAACAAUAACUAAUUAAAAAGAAUGUAAACAUAGAAAUAAAUCUAAAUUCAUUAAUAUAGAUCUACCUACAACUUUAAAACAAGUAGUUUUCUCAAAUUAAGCAAACAAUAUUCUAAAAAAUUAAUUUCAUUUAACAAUUUGAUUUAACCGCAAUUUAGAAUCUAUCAUUUAAAUCAUUUAGAACAAAUAGAUAUAUAGAAGCAGACUUAGCAUAUAUUUGCAAUUCAUGCUCAUAAUUCUUAAAUUAAUGUACUUGCACAUUCAUUAACAAAUUGGCUUAAAUAAGAAACCUAUUAGACUUUUGCAGCAUUGUAAAUUAUAAGGGACCCUCUAGAAAACCUGCUUGGUACUAUGAUAUUUUAAAAGCUAAUGUAUAAAGAAGUUGCGGUGAAGGGUGUUACAAAAACUAAAACAAUUUUGAGUUAUUAAAAAAGAAACCGAGUAAUAAUUAGUUGAUUGAAGAAUAUUAACCAAUAAAAAUUGAUAGAGAUCCAUGCUUAUUAACUUAAAUCUAUAAUUAGGAUUGUUUGUCUAUUUUUAUACAAGCAAGAUAUCGAUACAAGGAAAUAAAAGAACAAUACUUAUAAACAAUAAAAUAAAUACAAGAAAAUCAAGAUUAAGAGGCACUAAUUAAUUAUCCUUUUAAUAAUGCAAAUUUAUAUAUUCCAUGUUCUCAUAAAUAGGAUUUUAAAUGUCAAAAUUGCAAUUGUGAUUAAUUUUGCUCAAAAUACUGUGAUUGUUAAUAAGGUUGCUGUACUAAAAAGCUGUAAGGAUGUACAUGUAAAGAGAGAUGCUCUAUUGAUAGUAAAUGUUCUUGUAGAAUCGACAAUGUGGAAUGUGAUCCUUUAAUAUGCAAAUGCUGUAAUGUUGAUUCAAAUUUUGUUUGUUCCAAUAUCCAGAUUUUAAUUAACAAUGUCUAGCCUACUUUAUUGGGAAGAUCUGGCGUUUGUAACGGGCUUGGAGUAUUCGCAAGAAAUUAUAUAAUGAAGGAUGAAUUAAUAAUUUUAUAUAUUGGAGAAGUACUAAUUGAUGAUGAAGACGAAAUUCGAGAUCAAUUUGAUGAUACAUUUACAUUUUAUAACUAUUAAUUAAAUGAAGAUAAAUAUUCAUUGGAAAGUAGAUUUUGUGGAAAUGAAAGCAGAUUUAUUAAUCACAAUAGUUAAAAUUUAAUGAAUUGUAAAACCAGACAGAUAUUUUCUUCAGGUACUAAAAUAAUUUCAUUUUAGGAAAAUUUCAACUAGCAAUUUAUGCUCUUACAGAAAUUUCUCCAUAACAAGAGAUAUUGUUGAAUUAUAAUGAAGGCGAUCAAAUCAAUAAAGAUCUAAAUAAUUGGGUUGACAUCAACUCUUAGUAUUGGAAUUAUAAGCAAACUACUUUCAUUGGAUAAAAAUGA